AUGUCGAGCGGCGGAUCCGGGGGCUCUGGCUCGGGCUCUGGCGGCCUGGCGGGCCCUCCCGACAAGGACUACUACGAUAGCACGCGGGCCAUAGCCUACAUGAGCGUCUGCAUUGCACUCAGCUACCAGUGCCUCACCGAGUUCCCCCACCUGCUCGUCAUGCACGGAGGAGUGUGCUUCUUCUUUCCGUACGCGAUUGUCUUGGUAGCGGUCGGUGUUCCUAUGGCCGCCUUCGAGAUGCUGAUUGGCCAGUUCCGCGGAAAGGGAUGCCUUGAGAUCUGGACCUGCGUCCCAGUCGGCAAAGGCAUCGGCAUGGCAAUGCUGUUGAAGACGUUCGUGAUCUGCGCGUACAAGGCAUUCGAGAACGCGUGCACCUUCUUCUACUUCCUGCAGACGUUCCAAGAUGAGCUGCCUUGGAGCCACUGCUACACCUGGUGGGGCGCCUCGGACCUCAACUGCCGGGAGAGGAAGCUCAACGAGACGCGCCAGUGCCAGCUUGCCAAGGAGAACGUGUACGCAAAGACCCAGCAGCCAAACUACGACCCUGGCAAGAACGCCACCGUGUUCACCUUGUGCGGGAAAGUCGUCACGGCAUCCUACACCGACGCCGCGAACCUGUCGGAGUGCUUGGACCCGCGGGGUUAUUCCGAGAACGCCUUUUUCCUGCACGGCAUGCUCAAGGUUACCAGUGGCAUCGACGACUUCGGCGGCAUUCGCUGGGAGCUGCUCGUCUGCUACAUUUUCACCUGGUUCUUCAUAUUCGUCUGCACGGCGCAAGGAGUCGCCGCAGUCGGACGGGGCAAGUUGUUCCACUGA